AGUCGAGUCUCCUGUACCUCUACUACAAGUUGUAACAGAAAACAAACUCUCUCCUCUUCUUCCUUUCGCCAGCUGUGCUCUGCCGCUUCCUUCCUCUCUCUCUCUCUCUAUCUCGUCUCUACCUAUAUAUAUAGGCUGUAGAUUUAUUUUACUUGUACACAAACACGCCCUUAUACACAAACACGCCCUUAUACAUUGCAUAAUCCCCUGCAUUUGAUGUCGGUUGGCUGAUCUACCUCUCGAUCUGUUCUCCUCUGCUCCGUUUGACUGCUGCGUUCACACCCGCUUGUUCGAUCUGCACCGAUCGGUAUUGCUGUAGUUGUUGGAUUUUGUUUCGGAUUGCAAUGACGGCCGGCGUGGAUGUGCACCUUGAUGCCUGUGAAUCAGAGGUGUCCAAAGGCGAGGUUGUCAAUGUCAAUGUUGGGAAUGGGAAUGGGAAUGGGAAUGGGAAUCAGAGCGACAACGGUUUUUCUAAGGACGACACCGACACUGACGGCUCUUAUGUCUUUGUGACCGGGAGUGAUGCCAUUGUUUCCCAAGACCCUGUCGAGUCUGAUCCAAACAGUAGCGUUGUUCAGAACAAUGGCAGUGUUGUUCUUCACUCGGAGGCUCAAAAGGACAAUUCCCAAUCUCAUUUCCUCAACAAGGCUGCCGCACAAGCCCCACAUCUCAAUGACGGGGAGGUGGUGGUCUCUGACGGAGCAGAGACUGAUAAGGAUCCAGAAGUAGCCGACGAGGUGCCCGUGAAAGAUGCUUCGAGGGAUCUAGGCCAAGCGAGGGGGCAUGAUUCAAUGCCAACCCCAACCCUGUCGUUGGAUGACCAAGUUGUGGGUGAUCCCGUGUCCAAGGAAGCUACUGCAGACGGCUUGCCUGCUUGUCAUGCUCAUGAACAGAAUGGAUCUUCUGAAGAUGGCCACGCCUCGUCUGCCACAGUAAUUUUUGAAGAUGCCUCUCUCCAGGAUGCGACGAAGCCAGCUACUCAAGGUGUCAACGGCUGUGCCUCUGAUCAAAGUAGUGGAGAUGGCUUGCCGAAUGCUCAUGUGCCUCUAGUUACAAAUGACUCGGUUGAUGCACCUGAAGAGAAUAAUGGAUCGUGUGAAAAUGCUGAUAGUUUGGAGAAAGUAGCUGUUGAAAAUGGUGAAAGCUUUUCAACUGUUGCUGAUAAUGAUAUAAUAGGAGAUCAAAAGGCUGAGAAUGGGGUUUCUCCACCUACGGAAGAAGUUUCAACUUGCGCUGUUGAUGACGUGAGUCCAGAGCUUGAUGCUGUAAAGUUAACUGAGAAGAGUAGUGAAGUCCCCAAUCCUUGCCCCCUUGUGCAUUCAGACUCAGAAAUUGAAGCUGAGAGGGGACCCGUUAUAGAUGAUACACAGUCAAGUUCCCCACCUAAUGAUGCAAUAUCAGAACCCAAUUCAAAAUCAGAAAUUGAAUUGGAGAUUGGGCCCGUUGUAGAUGAUACUCUGUCAAGUUUCCCACCUAAUGAUACUAUAUCAAAAGAACCCCAUCCAAAAUCAGAAGUUGAAUCUGAGAGAGCCCUAGUUGUCGAUGAUACUCUGUCAAGUUUCCCACCAAAUGAUGCAAGAUCAGAGGAACCCACUUCAAAAUCAGAAGUUGAAUCAGAAAGUGCACCUGUUGUAGAUGAUACUCUGCCAAGUUUCCCACCCAAUGAUGAAAUGUCAGAAGAAUCCAAUUCAAAAGCAGGAGUUGAAUAUCAAAGUGCGCCCCUUGUGGAGGAUACUCCACCAAGUUUCCCACCAAAUGAUGCAGUAUCAGAAGAACCAAAUUCAAAAUCUGAAGUUGAAUCUGAAAGUGUGCUCGUUGUAGAUGAUAAUCUGCCAAGUCUCCCAACCAAUGAUGCAAUAUCAGAAGAACCCAUUUCAAAAGCAGAAGUUGAAUCUGAGAGUCAGCCAGUUGUGGAUGAUACCUCAAGUUUCCCACCGAAUGGUGCAAUAUCGGAAGAAACCAAAUCAAACUCAGAAGUUGAAUCUGAGUGUCUGCUCGUUGCAGAUGAUACUUUGUCAAAUUUCCCACCAAAUGAUGCAAUAUCAGAAGAACCCAUUUCAAAAUCAGAAGUUGAAUCUGAAAGUGUGCUCAUUAUAGAUGAAACCCUGUCAAGUUUCACACCUAAUGACACGAUAUCAGAACACAAUUCAAAAUCAGAAAUUGAAUUGGAGAGUGUUCCCAAUGAAGAUGAUACUCUGUCAAGUUUCACAGCAGAUGGUGCAAUAUCAGAUCCCAAGACCAGCCAUGAUUCUGUUGAUGUAGAUGCUGGUUUGUCAAAUUUGGAGGUUGAAUGUGUUGCCAGCCCUCCUAUAUCUGUUUCUGACAACAAUGCAAAUGAAGCUAGCUAUCCUGCUAAGCCAGAUAUUGAUGAAAAGCUAGCGUCUGAAGUUCAGAGUACAUCUGCUCUGACAAGCAGAGCUAUCCCCGAUGAUGAAGUCAACACAUCUGAAUCCACAAUUCUGAAUGACUCUUUUGUUGAGAAUGGCACUUUUGUGGAGAAUGGAAGGCCGCUAACUUGCAACCUGGAUGAUGUUAAAAUUGAAAGUGAUGUUAAUUCAACACAUCAAGAAGUGGAGCGCACUGGCGGAAUUCUUGGAUCUGAACCCUCAGCUUCUUCUGGGGAAGUUUCCACUGCUGAUGCUGUGGAAGGGCAGAAUAAGGGUGCUGAGGUAGAAAAAAGGCCGUUCUACUUCUUGAUAAGGAUUCCAAGAUAUGAUGAUGAAAAUUUAAAAGAAGAGAUUAAACAGGCUCAGUUACAUGUUGAAGAAAAAACUAAAAGCCGGGAUGCUAUUCGUUCCAAAAUCCAAAUGAAAAGGGCUACUUGUAAGGAGUAUUUCGAUAAAUUUGAAGCUGCCAGAUCUGAAGAGAGAGCUGCACGAGACCUGUUUAAGGCCAAGCGCAAGGAAAUGGAUUCUGUUCAAUUAAUGAUUAACAAAGUGAAGAAUGCAAUCUCUAUUGAGGAUUUGGAUUAUAAAAUACGCAAUAUGGAACACAGUAUGGAGCAUGAGACCUUGCCUUUGAAGGAAGAAAAGCAAUUUAUUCGAGAAAUUAAGCAACUGAAGCAACUUCGUGAACAGCUCUCUUCUAGCCUGGGUAAGCAGGAUGAAGUUCAAGAAGCUUUAGACCAGAAAGACCAUGUUGAACAGAGCUCAAAGGUUCUGAGGAAGGAAAUGGAUCUACUCAGAGAAAAUCUUCUCAAAGCAGAGGCAGUCACUCAAGUUGCUAAGAAGAAAUUUAAUGAAGAAAAUAAUAUGCUGAACGAAAUACUUUAUCAGUUUAGAGCUGCAGAUGACAUUCGUCAAGAAGCAUAUGCACAUUUACAGGGUUUGAGGAAAAAACAAUAUGAAAAGAACAAAUACUUUUGGAGGUACAAGGAUGAUGCGAAGGCUGCUAAUAAUCUGGCACUGAGCGGAGAUAGGGAACAAUUACAACGUUUGUGUAUCAAUCAGGUGGAAACAGUUAUGGAACUCUGGAAUAAUAAUGAUGAUUUCCGGAAAGAAUACUUGAGAUGUAACAACAGGAGUACAUUAAGGAGGUUGAGAACCUCAGAUGGGCGCUCUCUUGGUCCUGAUGAGGAGCCCCCUGUAAUACCUGAUAUCGUAAGAGCAACCAAGAAUAAUUUGGCAACAGUGGUUUCCACUCCUGAACAACCAAAGCAAGUUGCCCCUGAGGAGGCUGAACAACCAGAUGACAUAUCUUCAAUGAAGGUUGUUCAACAGAAAAAUGAGAUGGCUAAAAUGAAGAAGCCUGUGAAAUCCGCUUCCUCAGAAAUUAUCCCAGAAACUGCUUCUGAAAGAGACAAUUUUGAAGAGGAAAAGGUAGAAGUCCCUAAAUUAACAAAGGAGGAAGAAGAAUUGGCCAGAAAGACAGAAGAAUUGAGAAAGGAAGAAGCAGAAGCUAGGUUGAGAGAGCAGCGUAGACUGGAGGAGAAGGCCAAAGCUAAGGAAGCACAGGAGAGGAAAAAAAGAACAGCGGAGAAGGCCCAAGCCAGAGCUGCCAUAAGAGCACAGAAGGAAGCGGAGGAGAAAGAGAAGGAAAGGGAGAAGAGGAUAAGGAAGAAGGAAAGAAAGAUGGCGACUACAACAAAGGCUACAAAUGAUAUUAGUGAAGUAGAAUGUGCUUCAGAACCAAGCUCAGAGGCACCAACUGAAAUUCCUAAGGAGCCUGAAACUAGAGAGAAACCGGUGACAGUAACAAAGAGGUCUCAGAAAUCAUCGCAGUUGACAAAGCAAACCAAGGUAAAAUCCAUGCCUCUGCCUCUUCGCAACCGCAGUAAGAGAAGGAUGCAGCCUUGGAUGUGGGCUGUAGCGGCAAUUGUGCUCAUCUUUGCCUUGUUUUUGCUGGGCAAUGGAGGCAGCUCCUAUUUUAAAGCUACGCUGGAAAAGUUUUUCUGAAUACAUGCAGUUAUUAAACUAGGUAAAUUAACAGAGUUUGCAAGGGCAUUCCCAUAAUAAUAAUAUUAUUAUAUACAUAUAUAUUAUAUAUAUAGGCAAUUCUUUUGUGCGCGUAUAGUGAUUUAUUAUUUUCCUUUUAGUUUGCAGUUUUCUUUCACACCAGUUAUAGAUUGGUUUCUUUAAUUAUUAUUAUUAAUAUAAGCGUGAAGAACAAAAGAGGGGGAAAAAAAAAAAAAGGAACCAAAGAUGCAGCUGCUGCUGCUGCUGCUGCUUUUUCUGAUGCUUUUCUACCAUCAUGUAUGUUGCUUGUUGCUUGCUUUGCUUGUGGUGAGUUAUGUUAUGUUAAUAAAGAUCAAAUUUUUUUUAGUAA